AUGGCUAGGUCUUCGAAUGCGAUAGCUGGCAUGGGCUGGAAGGAGAUAUCCAAAGUUCAGUGUAUCAGACACGGUUUAAGACUCAGCCCUGGAUCUGGGUCACCGAGUGUCGAGGCUUCUUCAAUUCCAUUCCGUUCGCUCGAAUGGCAAAUUAUGGAGCUGUUUUUGCGUGAAUCAGAUCUGCUACUUUUCCCGCUAGAGCCACCGAUCAGCGGCUCGGUGGACACGGCCAACACCCACGAUGAUCAGAAUCAGACACUCACGCAGGUCCAGACUUCAGAUACAAGAAUGACAAAGGCCUAG